CGUCACCAGAGGCAGAACGACGUUGGAAUCAGAAAAGAAAGUGAAAAGUGUAAGGGCUAGGGAAUCAGAGGCAAGUUGCGCUGCCAUGAUUCCGUUAUCCCGACUCUCGUUACGCCCGUUCUGAUACCAGGAGUUGGCUCCGGCCUCCGCCGACCGCAACGAUGUACCAUCUGGCCAAGUCGUUGUAUAUGUACGCCACCAGCAAAGAGGAGUACUCUGUCCUCCUUCUCGGGCUAGAUAACGCUGGCAAAACUACGCUCCUCUCGCAGAUCAAGGCGCUCUACCAACCCCGUCCCGAAGGCGCCCCUGCUCCGAACCCUGGCAAGACCGUGCCUACAGUCGGCCAAAAUGUCGCAACCAUUAACCUCCCAGAAAUGUACCUGAAGAUUUGGGAUGUUGGGGGUCAAUUAACCAUGAGAAACCUAUGGCAAAGCUAUUACUCAAGCUGUCAUGCGAUCAUCUUCGUCGUCGACAGCACCGACGUCGGUCAAGACCCAGAUAUCACCCGGCUCCCUUCGAAUCGACGACCCAGCUCUGCAUCGGGCCCUUCGGGGGGCAACUCUGAUGCGUUCACCGAACAGACAGUCGGCAUCAAUGCGUCUGGGAGUGACUUUGGGCGGCUCGACGAGUGUCGUGAAGUGUUAGAAUCCGUCUUAAAGAACUCAGAUGUGGCGGGUGUACCGAUCCUGGUCCUAGCAAACAAACAAGAUCGAGAGGAUUCGGUAGAAGUGGUUCGCAUCAAGGAAGGGUUUGUGCGCAAGGUCUUCGAGGGAGAAUCUGGAGGCGCCAUGCGCGACAGUCGCGUCUUACCCGUCAGUGCGCUUCUGGGCUCAGGAGUCCAGGAAGCUGUGGAGUGGGUUCAAACCCGAGUCAAGUGGAAUAAGGAGGGAAGGCCUCCGAUUAUGAGAUGAUACGGCUCGCCAAUUAUGGGGAGCUCUAUGUAAGACCGGGCCUGAGGUUGUCCCCCGUACCUGGAUGAAUUCGUGAAACGGCCAGGAACAGGUGCCUCUAGAUUUCGCUUGGUGCCUUUUGAUAUUAGAUCUGAUUGGAUUGGGGGCUUGUUAAUGGCGCAGGGAGGAAUUGUUCACACGCAAAGAUACCUUAGUUUAAUUGUUUAUUUAUUUUACCUUCGUGUUAUAGAUAUGGUGUAUGGAAUGUACUGU